CUGGACGUGGGCUAUGUCACCACCACCAUGCCUCAGAUGCUGGUGCACCUUCUUGCUCGCUCUCAGACUAUCUCUUUUGCUUGCUGUUGGCUGCAGAUGUAUGCGUUUGGUGCCCUGGCCCUGAGUGAGUGCAUCAUCUUUGUGGUCAUGGCCUAUGACCGAUAUGUGGCCAUUUGUUACCCAUUGCGCUACACUGUUAUCCUCAGCUGGGGAAAGUGCACACGACUGGCAACUGGGACCUGUGUUUGUGGUUUCUUCUUCUCUCUAAUUCACACCUACCUCACAAUGAGGUUGCCCUACUGUGGACCCAAUAUCGUCAACCACUACUUCUGUGAAGGUCCCUCAGUACGAAGCUUAGCUUGCAUGGAUACCCACCUCAUUGAGAUGGUGGAACUGGUCAUCAGUGUGCUUUGGAAUGUCACUCCAAGUUGCCUUAUUCUGGCCUCUUAUAUCCGUAUUGUCCAGGCCAUUCUCAAGAUCAAAUCGACCAAGGGACGUUGCAAGACCUUCUCUACCUGUGCUUCCCACCUGACUGUGGCCACAUGCUUCUAUGCUCCAGCUACAUACAUCUACCUUAGGCCUAACUCCAGCUACUCCCCUGAACGUGACAAGAAAAUUACACUCUUCUAUAAUGUUUUCACAGCUCUGCUCAAUCCUGUUGUCUACAGUCUGAGGAACAAGGACAUCAAAGGAGCUUUUCUCAAGGUGAUGGGGUGUGGUAGGGGUGCCAGUUGA